UGCCUCUUCUGCUUCUGCUUCCUUCCUCCCCUUGUCUGUUUCCUUUCCUCCUUUUCCCUUCUUCCCGUGUAAAUUACAGACAGCUCCUGUGCCCACUGUCGUCCUCAGACAGCGGUGUAACGAGACCCCCCCCCCCCCCCCCCCCCCCCCCCCCCCCCCCCGUUCUCGGCCCAGAUUCGGUUCAAUAGGCCGAUCGACCCCUGAUUCUGAAGGCUUGAGCUCUGAUCGGUGAGCUCACGUGGGUGUGCCCGCCCCAGCUGGCGAAAUUGUAGCUUGCUGGUGCCCGGCACCUCGCGACUCUGCGUAUUUUUGUUGGGAUUCUUCAGUUUUACAGAUACAGUUGUUGGAGCAUAUGAGUGGGGGCGUGUGUUGGGUGCAUUUGUGAAGGAUUGGGCUGAGAGAUAUGAGAGUAAUUAGGCUGUGGAAAUGGGGUGUGUGCUUGGUAAAGGGUCAUCGCAGCCCGGCGUGAGCUCCGAGCCCAAAAACCCGAGGGUUGAGUCCGGUAAAAGCGAAGUUGCUGCUGCCAGGGUAGAAACUACUGGUAACAGCAGACUUGAAGAGGUUCGGGAAAGUGAGGCCGAAAAGGAGGAGAAGGUUGAAGGUGGCCAGAAAUCACGAGAGUCCAGGCGGCGGUCAAGACAGAACCCUAGGCCGCGGAAUGUGCCAAAGCAAUCCCGUGCGGAGCAGGUGGCUGCUGGGUGGCCCCCCUGGCUCACUGAUAUAUGUGGGGAGGCACUCAGCGGGUGGGUUCCCCGGCGGGCAAACACUUUUGAGAAGAUUGAUAAGAUUGGGCAAGGGACAUAUAGUAAUGUCUACAAGGCAAAGGAUACAUUGACAGGUAAAAUUGUGGCAUUGAAAAAGGUUCGGUUUGACAAUUUGGAGCCCGAGAGCGUAAGGUUUAUGGCAAGAGAGAUACACAUAUUGCGGCAUCUGGAUCAUCCCAAUGUGGUAAAGCUGCAGGGUUUGGUGACUUCUAGAAUGUCCUGCAGUUUGUACUUGGUUUUCGAGUACAUGGUCCAUGAUCUGGCGGGACUUGCUGCAACCCCUGAAAUCAAGUUCACAGAGCCUCAGGUCAAAUGCUACAUGCAUCAACUGCUCUCUGGGCUUGAGCAUUGUCACAAUCGUCGAGUUCUCCACCGUGACGUCAAAGGGUCUAAUCUUUUGAUCGAUGAAGAAGGAAUCCUCAAGAUUGCUGAUUUCGGGUUAGCCUCCUUCUUUGACCCUGACAGGAAGCAGAGAAUGACCAGUCGGGUUGUGACUCUAUGGUAUCGGCCCCCCGAGCUUUUGCUGGGGGCCACUGAGUAUGGAGUUGGUGUAGAUCUCUGGAGUGCAGGUUGCAUCUUAGCUGAGUUGUUGGCUGGGAAGCCUAUCAUGCCUGGUCGAAAUGAGAUAGAGCAACUUCACAGGAUAUACAAAUUAUGCGGGUCACCUUCUGAUGAGUAUUGGAAGAAGUAUAAGUUGCACAAUGCAACAGUAAUAAAGCCUCGAGAACCUUACAGAAGACGCAUAAGGGAGACCUUUAAAGACUUCCCCCCUUCAUCGUUGCCUCUAAUUGAAACCCUGCUUGCCAUCGACCCAGCGGAACGAGGGACGGCCACUGAUGCAUUACAGAGCGAAUUCUUCAAAACUGAACCGCUUGCUUGUGAUCCAUCGAGCCUUCCAAAAUAUCCCCCGACUAAGGAAAUGGAUGCCCGAAGACGAGAUGAUGAAGUUCGAAGGUCAAGAGCUGCUAACAAAGCCGAAGGAGAAGGUGUGAGGAAAAAACACCCUCGGGAUCGGCGUGUUAGGGCUUAUCCAGCUCCAGAUGCCAACGCUGAGCUUCCACAUAAUAUUGAUAGGAGGAGAAUGAUUUCCCAUGGUAAUGCAAAGAGCAAGAGCGAGAAGUUCCCUCCUCCCCAUGAGGACGGAGCUCUGGGCUUCCCACUGGGCGCCUCCCACCGCAUUGAUCCCUCAGCUAUUCCUCAUGACAUUCCUUUCAGCUCCACUUCGUUAUCUUACUCUAAGGAGCUGACCCAGACUUGGUCGGGCCCAUUGGUGGAACCCAGCAACUCCGGUGGCCCGAAGAAGAAGAAGCAAACCACAGGUAAAGCCCGGGAGCCUUCAAAAUUAUCAUUAGGAGCCUCUAAACGGUGAUACUCAGGGUCAGUUCCUGGUUCACUAGAGUUCAUAGCUGGAGGGAAAUUGAGCUCGAUUCACAUUCGUUCCGCUCCCAGCGCAUUGUUUUCUUUCGAAGAGGAUUAAUAUUACGUUUUCAAUGCAAAUCUUUCUUUUUCCCGUCUGUUUGGAUGGUUGGAAGUUAUCUUCUUUCUUGCUGUAUAAAUUCUUUUUUGGGCAAAACGUAUAAAUUGUUCCUUCUUUGAUAUUCAGAUCUAUACUGCCUUUACAUUGUGAAAAGACCUUCAAUUACAAUAUACGGCCUCAUUUGUUUCUUCC